AUGGGCACAGCUCGAUCGCAGUGCACCGGCGGUUGCCCCCUCGCUUACGGCUCUUAUCUGGUGAAGGAGAACGACACUCUCGACAACAUCCUGAACCUCUUCUCCCCAGGUGUAAAGAGAACCGAUGUCCAGCAAUCUAGUGGAUUGUCUGAUCCUAAUUUUAUAGACAAAGGAAGCUCAUUGAUGAUCCCCUUCUCCUGCGAGUGUAUAAAUGGCAGCUUCUUGGGCCACAACUUUCUUUACGCCGUUCAGUCGGGGGAUACGUAUGAAAAGAUUGCGAAGUAUUAUUCUAAUCUGACCUCUCCUGCGUGGCUUCAGGCUACGACUUCAGUCCUACCCACACAAAUUUCAGACAAGGGGAACCUCAAUGUGGCGAUCAAUUGUAGCUGUGGGAACCCUGAAGUUUUGCUCGAUUACGGGUUGUUCUUGACUUACCCUCUGAAGGCGGGGGAUAAUAUAUCAGGCCUUAGUAGUCGAUACAACGUCUCUCGUGACUUGUUGCAGAAGUAUAAUCCGAACGCCGAUAAACUUGGGAGCGGCCUUGUGUUCAUUCCUGUGAAAGAUAACCAGAACAUAGAUAAUGCAGAGUGCUCGUUGAAGCAACUGCAAUACUCAUGUCCUGCAAGAAAGAACUGA